UGGUGAAACCCCAUCUCUACUAAAAAUACAAAAAAAUUAGCCAGGCACAGUGGUGGGCGCCUGUAGUCCCAGCUACUCAGGAGACUGAGGCAGGAGAAUGGCGUGAACCUGGGAGGCGGAGCUUGCAGUGAGCCGAGAUUGCGCCACUGCACUCCAGCCUGGGCAACAGAGCAAGACCAUCUCCAAAACAAAAAAAAAAAAAAAACAAAAAAACACAUGCACAUACAGCAGCACAAUUUGCAAUUGCAAAGACAUGGAACCAACCUAAGUGUCCAUCAACCAACGAAUGGAUAAAGAAAAUGUGGUAUAUAUACACCAUAAAAUACUACUCAGCCAUAAAAAGGAACAAGAUAAUGUCUUAUGCAGCAACUUGGAUGGAACUGGAGGCCAUUAUUCUAAGUGAAGUAACUCAGGAAUGGAAAAGCAAAUAUUGUAAGUUCUCACAAGUGGGAGCUAAGCUAUGAGGAUGCAAAGGCAUAAGAGUGAUACAAUGGGCUUUGGGGACUCGGAUGGGAAAGUUGGGAGGGGAGUGAGGAAUAAAAGACUACACAUAGUGUACACUACUCAGGUGAUGGGUGCACUAAAAUUUCAGAAAUCACAGCUAAAGAACGAAUCCAUGUAACCAAAAACUUGAAAUUAAAAAAAAGGAAGAAGUCAAACUCUGUAAAAUAGUUAAAGGGAUGUAUUCUGAGCCAAAUAUGAGUGACCAUGGCCUGUGACACAGCCCUUGGGAGACCCUGACAACAUAUGCCCAAGGUGGUUGGGGAGCAGCUUGGUUUUAUACAUUUUAGGGAGACAUGAGACUUCAAUCAAAUACACUUAAGAUAUAGAUUGACCAUUGGUUUGGUCCAGAAAGGCGAGACAACUUGAAGUGGGGCAGGGGUUCCAGGUUAUAGGUAGAUUUAAAUUUUUCUGAUUGGCAAUUGGUUGAAAGAGUUAUUAUCAAUAGAAAGGAAUGUCUGGGUUAAGAUAAGACGUUGUGGAGACCAAAAUUUUAUCAUGCAGCUGAAGCCUCCAGGUAGCAGGCUUCAGAGAGACUAGAUUGUAAAUGUUUCUUAUCAGACUUAAGGUCUGUGUUAAUGUUAAAUGCUAGUUGGCUUUUCCUGAAUUCCAAAAGAAAGGUGGCAUAAUGAGGCAUAUCUGAUCCCUGCUCCGUCAUGGCUUCAACCAGUUUUUCAGGUUAACUUUGGAGUGCUCUGGCCAAGAGGAAGGAGUCCAUUCAGAUGGCUGGGGGUGGAGGUGCUUAGAAUUUUAUUUUUGGUUCACAGUUUUAUAGUUUUCUGUAUACAAGUGUUCCAUAUCUUUUGCUAAAUAUAUUUCUAAGUAUUUUAUGUUUUUUAUGGUAUUAUAAAUGGUAUUGUUUUAAAAAUUUACUUUUCAAUUGUUCAUUGCUAAUAUAUAGAAAUAUAAUCAAUUGUGUAUAUUAACCUUGAAUCCUACGACCUUGCUAAACUUAUUUGUUCUAAUGGCUUUUUAAUUAAUUCCUCAGGAUUGUUUAAAAAAAAAAAAGACGGUUACUUAUUCCUUUCCAAUUUAACUACCUUUUAUUGAUUUUUAAAUUUUAUGAGUUGUGCUAACUAGAAUCUCCAGCAACAUGAUGACUAAACGUGCUCAGAGUGGAUACCCUAGCUCCUCCCAAAUCUUGUCUUUCACUGAGAUAAGGCUAGGCUAGUGCUAUGGCUGCCAUAACAAAGUAUCAAGCCAUAACAAAGUAUCAAAGAUUGUAUGGCUUAAAUAACAGAAAUUAAUUUUCUCACAAUUCUGGAGGCUAGAAUUCUAAGAUCAAGGUGUCAGCAGACUUGGUUUCUUGGUUCUGAAAGUAGGAGGGUCAGGUUGCUCUUGUUGCGGUUUUUGCACCAUUUUACUUCUUAAAAUUAUAGCUAUAGGUCAGGCGCAGGGGUUCACGCCUGUUAUCGCAGCACUCUGGUAGGCCCAAGUGGAAGGACUGCUUGAGGACAGGAGUUGGAGAUCAGCCUCGACAAAAGACCGACAGCGCACCUCCACAAAAAAAAAAAAAAAAAAAGAAAAUUAGCUAGCUUGGUGAAAAUUAAAAUAAAAUAAAAUUACCAGUAUGUGCACAUUACUUUGGUAGAAGUAAAAAUGAGAGAAAGAGAGAAAACCCUCCCAGUAACUAGUCAUUUGUUUUUAUGAUUCAGCUGGUUUGUAUUUUGCAUGGUGCAAGGUGUGCAAACAUCUGAAAAUGUCUGUUUUCCACUGUUUGUAACUAACUCUUCCCAGCAUGAUUUAUCAAUUAGCCUUUAUUUCCUCCCAUGACUUAUGAAUAUACCUUAAGCAUAGUUGUUUAUAAUGGGAUGUUUCUAAACGACCUAUCCUUAUCCUGGUACCACGCUGAUUUGAACUACAGGGCAAAUGGGUGCACCAUGGUGGGCGAGGUCAUUCACGGAAAAAGGAGAAUGUGCAGUGGUGCCGAGGUUUGUAAGAGCAGGCGGCUUGUACAUGUAAAUGCAUGGUUUGCAGGAAUCUGGGAGUGGAUAGGCUGAUGGAUGAUGAAUAUUCAAAGCACAACUGUAAGCGUCUUUAGUUACAGCGAAACUCUAAGGCACGCUGCCCUUCGGAAGGAAACACGGCACGGCAUUCCCCAACCUGAUAGCCCUCCGCGACGCAUUACGCACCGCGGACAGCUGGAGAGGCCGAGGCGCUCUCGCUUUGAUUUCGGCGCCUCCGCCCUCGCGGGGAGAGAUUGGCUGCGGCCGCGGGACGGCGUAGUGAGCGCGUCACUUCCUGCCGCUACCAGGCGCGUCCUCCCGCGCGCUAUGACGGCCAGCGCACAGCCGCGCGGGCGGCGGCCAGGAGUCGGAGUCGGAGUCGUGGUGACGAGCUGCAAGCAUCCGCGUUGCGUCCUCCUGGGGAAGAGGAAAGGCUCGGUUGGAGCUGGCAGUUUCCAACUCCCUGGAGGUCAUCUGGAGUUCGGUGAAACCUGGGAAGAAUGUGCUCAAAGGGAAACCUGGGAAGAAGCAGCUCUUCACCUGAAAAAUGUUCACUUUGCCUCAGUUGUGAAUUCUUUCAUUGAGAAGGAGAAUUACCAUUAUGUUACUAUAUUAAUGAAAGGAGAAGUGGAUGUGACUCAUGAUUCAGAACCAAAGAAUGUAGAGCCUGAAAAAAAUGAAAGUUGGGAGUGGGUUCCUUGGGAAGAACUACCUCCCCUGGACCAGCUUUUCUGGGGACUGCGUUGUUUAAAAGAACAAGGCUAUGAUCCAUUUAAAGAAGAUCUGAACCAUCUGGUGGGAUACAAAGGAAAUCAUCUCUAGGUGGCCAAGAAGAUUUGAUUUUCUUUAAAAAGACAAGAAUAAGGUCUGGUUAGGGAAUGAAAAAUGUCUACAUUUCGGAACAACUCCAUUUUAUCUAAAAAAUUUCUUGUGAUUGCCAGUUUAUUUGCAGUCUCUUAAUGUAUCCACCACUCUUUCAGCCAGUACUUGAGAAAAUUUUUCUGAAAUAUGUCAUUGAAUUGUAUUCCAGACACAGAAUACAUGAUAAAUACUGAUAUUAUGGGUAAUCUGCUUUCCAUAUUUACCUAUGAUAUUUACUGUGCAGUUUGUCAUUACUAGCUUGCAUGGAGUUCCAGGAUGCAGUCAAAUUUGCCUUAGUGUUUCUGUUCAAAUAGAGACCUGAAUUCAAAUAUUGUAGUUUAGGUUCAAACAGAGUAUGGCUGUUGCAAAAUUUACCAAAUUUGUUGAUUACCUCUUUUAUUAAAGAAAUGUUGGGGAGAGGGUAAUAUAUUGUGACAAUUUUUGCAACUUACAGGGAAUAGGACAGGUCAUUAGGGUGUACCUCCCAGGUUUCCAAUUGAGAAUCUAAACCAAGAGAAGUGAGACAAACCAUCUAAUAUCUGUAUCCUGCUAUUAAUAGGCUGUGAUGUUGAGUUUCUCACUUACUCUUUCUGAGGUCCAGGGUCCUUGUAUGAAGAGAUUCAUAUAUAUGAAGAGAUUCGAUGAAGAGAUUCGUCUAGAGCAGUGGUUGUCAAAGUGUGGUCUGGGGGAGCCUCAAGAGCCUUUCAAGGGUAUUCUAGGUCAAAGCUGUUUUUAUAACACUAAGACAUCAUUUCACCAUUUAUAGCUUUUCCUUUUUUUUUUUUUUAAUUUGAGAAGGAGUCUUGCUCUGUUGCCCACACUGGAGUGCAGUGGCACGAUCUCAGCUCAUUGCAGCCUCCGACACCUGGGUUCAAGCAAUUCUCCUACCUCAGCUUCCCGAGUAGCUGGGAUUACAGGCACCCACCACCACACCUGGCUAAUUUUUGUAUUUUUAGUGGAGACGGGGUUUCACCAUGUUGGCCAGGCUGGUCUGGAACUCCUGAGCUCAAGUCAUCUGCCCACCUCAGCCUCCCAAAGUGCUGGGAUUACAGGUGUGAGCCACAACGCCCAGCCAUCAUUUAUCUUUUUCACUCAUUUUUUCAUGAGUAUGCAGAGGAGUUUUCAAGAGGCUAUCUGGUGUGAUACUGUAAUAGGCUGAAUGCAAAAGCAGAUACAAGAUUCCAGCUUUCGUCUGUCAUCAGACAUUGAAGAGAUUUGGAGAAAUGUAAAGCAGCAGUACUCUUCUCACUAAUGAUUUUUGUUGUGGUUGGUUAGAAAAAUGGUUAUUUUUAGUGGGUUUUAAUAUGUGAAAAAAUAAAAAUAGCUAUUUGCCAAAAAUGUUAUUUAUGUGUUUAUAUAUACUUGGUUUUUGUUACUUGCAAAUGAUUAAUAAAAAUUUUAAGAAAUUU